AUGGUAUCAACUGAUUCACCUGUUCAAAUAUACUUUUCCAAUGAUGUGAGAAAAUAUUUGAAUCAUUUCAAAGACAGCGAAAAGGAUGAAUUGUUGCUACUAGGUUAUAAAUUCAAUCAUAUUUACAUUGUUUUCUUGCCGGUCAAGCAGAUUGAUUUGGAGAAGUUACCUCAGGAGUUGAGAGAUUUACAAAUUAUCGGUACUUUCAGCAAUACUAACAAACAAGCAAACCAUGCCUACGAUUUAAAUAUAAAAUUUGAUCCCAGGACAGACAAGAUUCCUAAAAUAAUCAGCCCAUCAAGUUCAUACGUUGUAUUUUUUGAUCCACCCAACUUUAAAAACCUUGAAUAUUUCUCCAUAACUCCAAUCUUAUUAGAAUCGAUGAAGAGUGACGAAGAAGCUACCACAAGUGGUAAGAUCGACUACAUUGCCCUAUUAGAGAAGUGGGAACCUGAACUUCACAUUGACGACAACCAAUUCUUUAUUUCGGAUGAUCAGAUUUUGGAUAAGAUCAAUCACCUAUAUAGAAACAGAUUGGUAUUUCAAAAAUGGUGGUUAGCCGAGUCAGGUACUCAUUUCUUACCGAGCUUGUUCAAUUCAGAACAAUUGAAUGUCAUACGUCCGAUAAAAUCAGCAUUUACUUCCUUGUUAAUCCCCAUUACUCAAUUCAUUCAAAAACUAUUAAUUACAAUCAUCAAAAUCAUCAACUUUAAAUUUGGGAAGUUUAGUUUGGUAACUUUAUCCAAGAUAUUCCGACAGUUGGAUUUGCGAUUACAACAAUUCAAUUAUUUUCCUAUUCAAUUCUUGUGUUAUUACAACAAAAAUCUUCUUUACAAUGAGCAAAAUGGGAAAUCAUCUCUGGUGAUUGAUAGAUUGAAAUUACCCAUUUUUAAUAGCAAUUUAAACAUCAACAAUUCCAAUUAUAUUAAUCUUUAUAAUUCCAUAUGGCUAAUAUUCAAUGAUGUUCUAAUUGGCCAGGCAGUAUAUGGACUAAUCGAAGAGAAUUUCGAUGACAUAGUAGAAUUGAUUCGAAGAUCAAUACAGCGAUAUUUAUUCCAAGAUAUGAUGGAGUUAAUCACUUGGGUUUCUUCCAAACACCCGGCUGGUUUUAAAUUGAAUAAUGAAUUAGGGAAAUUCAUGGGUGACUUAUAUCUAUGGACUUUAUGGUUUUGGAAAUUAGUCGAGGAAAACUUCCAACUAAGUGAGCCAACACGGAUUAAGUUAUUUAUUAAAAUUAUCUGUUGUUUUGGUGGAGUUUCAUUCCUUGUGAGCUUUUUGAUUGACGUCAUGAAUGUUGCAACAUAUCACAUUUACACGUUUUACUAUUGUUCUACUAAAAUUUACAAACGUCAACUUGAAGUUAUUAAAUCCUUAUUUCAAUUAUUUAGAGGGAAAAAGUAUAAUGUGUUACGGAAUAGAAUAGAUAACCUAAGUACUACCCAAGUGAAUUCUUCAGGGUUUGAUUUCAUUGAUCAAUUAUUAUUGGGAACUUUGAUUUUUAUGAUUUUGAUUUUGCUAUUGCCUACUGUUUUUGCAUUUUAUUUGAUGUUCUUUUUAAUGCAUUUAGUUUCUAUAAUGACAGUGAAUUUACUUGAGAAUAUCCAAAUAUUAAUCAAUUUCACUCCAUUAUUUGUGAUUUUGUUAAAAUUGAAGAAUUCGAAACGAUUGCAAGGUGGUAUUAAGUUUGAAUUUCUCAAGUAUAUUCCAAAUACGACGUAUAUUAAAAUGAAAAACAAGGCAUUGACCAAUGGAGAGAUCUUCACUAAUUUCUUCAAAUUAUUUAAAAGAACCAAGAAUUUCCGUAAUUCAAUCAUCUAUAAUUUCUUACUGGGAGAACUAAUUGUCAUUAAAUAUGAUUACCUUUUGAAAUUUCAUUAUUUGAUGCUUCCUGAUGUAUAUUCAGAAACUAUAAAUGUUUGGAAAUAUUUGCCCAGGAACUAGGUAGUCUCAAUCACAACAUCUUCUUUUUCUUCACUGUGUCUUGUUAAUUGCAAGAUUCGCUUACUUAUAUACACCAUAAGGAUAACCAUCAUGAAUGCACCGGCAUAAACCAAGAAUAUGAAAGUAGGAAUAUGCUGUCUUAAUGACCAGUUAUAAAUCGACAUUAAAAGCAUAGGGGCAAACACAGCAAGCAAACUAUUCAAUAAUGAACAAGCCCCAAACACCAAUCCAGUCAUGGAUGCAGGAUAAAACUUUAAUAAUGCCGAGUUACAAGCUGGAUUUGACGUAGCACCUAAGGCGAAAAAUCCAGUUAUAAACAUAACUUGUUUGUUUGUGGUUGCAAAUGCUAGUGCUAAAAACACAAAGAAAUCCAGCACGUAACCUGUAACAAUCAUGAUGUAAUCUAUCAUAUCUAAUUGUUUUGAUAAGGGCUUAUAACCUAACCAUUUCUGAAGGAUUGUUGUUUGGAAGAAAGGAAUGAAUAACAUGAGUAUAACUGUACGGGUUGACGAGAUUAUUGUCAUUAUAUAUCCAAUUUCUUUACUUCCCCAAUCAAAUCGAUAGUAACCAUAUUGAAUUAAGAUUGGACCAAAUGCAACAAAUAUAGUGGAACAAAUACACAUGGAUACAAUCAAUAAAAUCACUACCAAUCGAUAAGAUUUGAUAUGAGGUUUAUGAUUUGGACUAACCACACUAGUAGGAUAAGUUAAGAUUAACAAGGGAGAAAAUAAUUUAAUGAACAGGUGGAUGGAAUGGACAAAUAUGUUUGAAUUUCUGAUUGCUGGGGAAUCCGUAUUCAUUGAAUUUGACCUUGAUUUAUGUUGGGCUCUUUUACUUCGAGAUUCAGGGAAAUAAAAUACAGCAUAGAUACACAACAAGACUUGCAAGACGAGCUCUACUUGCAACAACACGAGUUCAGACGGAAGAACAACUGACGAUGUAUGUAACUUGGCUGAGACACCAUCAGCUUUCUCAAAAAUAGAUUGCAACCAAUUCCCAGCAAUAGGGCCCAAGGAUUGCCCAAUGAAUAAACUCGCGGUACCUAGUGCGAGUGCAUAGGUUCUCUUCAGUGGUUCAACAACAUCGGAAAUAUAUGAACUAAGCAAAGCAGAGAAACUAGGCAAACCUCCCAAUAGGCCGGAAAUAAUUCCUGCUCCCAAUAGUAACUUUAGAUGCAAUGUAUCAUAAUGUAUAGCAAUUAAGAAUUCACCAACUUUAGUAAGUAGUGUCGUUAUUACUAUCCCCGCAAUAAAUGGUUGUCUACCAUAUAGAUCACUUAAUUGACCGACUUUAGCCAGGGCAAACAAGGAAACAAUUGUUGUACCCACCAUUAGGUACAUAUUAAAAUUACUAACCAAAACUUGAGUAGAAAUCGGAUCACAUAUACCAUUUUCGUCUUUCAUCGAAUUACAAGCCAUUUUAAAAACAAUAACCUGUUUAACUGCUGUAGUAAUGGAGGCUGAAAAUAUAUAAAGAAACACAACUGUGCUUACUGCUAGAACAGAUGGGCGUUUGUACCAAGGUAGUUUGUUAUUAAGGAUCUGUUGUUCUCUUAACCAAACCAUUUCUUCAUCAUCAUCAUCUAGUUCGCCUUCAUCUUCCUGUACUGCAUCAUAUGCUUGUUCUUGAGUGACUUGUAUCACUUCAACCUCCGAGGUUGCUUUAGUUAUAUUAUCCUUGCUCAUUUUAUGGCGAUGUGCCCUCAUGUCCCUCUGAACUACCGUUGUAACAGGAACCUAC